AUGCGCAUCGGAGGACGUGAACACCUUGUCGAAAGACCUGAUCCUUUCACCAUAGAGUUACUUGUGGAUAAUGUUGCAGACGCUGAUUUUAUAUCCAAUUUUCGUAGUGUUUUCAAUGCCACUGGCUUUUGGAUCACUCCCUGUAGCAAUUUCUUUUAUGGCAAUAUACUCGAUUUAUCAAUUUUAUUCGAAAUCUUUCUUGGUUGUUGUGGUUUGGAACAUUGGCGUACAUUGUUACGUGAAAGUAAGGAAGUCGAUAAAUUAAGAAAUAUCGAGAAAAAACAUGCAAUACUAGAGGAAAGUGAACAAACAGAGAAUAAAUAUGUUGUUGAUAACUAUGAGGAAGAAGGUAUCCAGUUGGACAACUAUGAACAAACAGAAAAUAUUAUUGAUGAAAUAAAAAAUAUCGCCCGACAAGUACCAAUUUUUGGAUAUUAUAUUUGA